AUGAUUAGUUUGCCGAAGAUAAAACGAGAUCCGAAAAAAACAACAAACCUUUGCAAAUGCCAUCCAGUCUGUAAAAACCGUAGACCCGAAUGGAAAGGACAGCUGCAGAACACGUCCGCUGAACUUCUUAAACCUAUUCAUGACUGCUUCCGAAAGUGGCCUACGAGAGUGUACCCCAACAGUCCUUGUCCACUGUUCUCGCGGAUACAUCCCGUGACCGUCAUCGAGAGAGGCUGCGAACGUCCGCCAAACGUCGUUCGGAUAUGCCAGGCGCCAGUCGACGAUGCUGUGGAAACUCCUUAUUUGAAGUUCGCCCAAAUAGUUAAAAAUCUAGGUGCUAUGGACGCUGUUAAAUCGCACUGUUCGUUCUGCAAAUGCCGCGGUUGCUGUGUCUGCCGCCAAAGCGACUACCAGAUGGCGGACGAGACGCGCGACAAGACUCGACGACGCGACAUGCGCGAUUUCGACGCGCGUGUCAUACACGACUAUAAGACCAUGCGGAUUAUGUACCGAUAA